UUGACUCUCGGAGAACCAAGCUAGAUUGCUCAUAAAUAUGUGCUAACAUCUCUACGUAUAAACAUGCCUUUUGUUCUUCUGCUUCUACAUCCAGGUGAAGCAAUAGCAUGGCUGAUGGGCCAAGACGUGUGCCAUUCCAUUUACUGGAAAUUAUGACAGAUAAUUUCUCUCCACACCUCGUAAUUGGCCACGGUUCGUAUGGAAAAGUUUACCUGGGGACGCGGGAUGGUCAAAAAAUUGCUGUAAAGAUUCUUCGCGACGUGCCAGGACAUGACGAUACGGAAUUUGAUAAGGAAUUUGACAUCCUUGUAAAACUGCAACACCAGAACAUCGUGCAGUUAGUUGGUUAUUGCCAUGAAACCGGACGAGAAUACUCGUCGUACGAGGAAACGAAGGUUCUUGCUGAUGACAGAAAGAGGGCGCUUUGCUUUGAGUUUAUGGAAAAGGGAAGCCUUAGCCGCCAUCUUUCCGCCGAGUCAACUGGACAUGAUUGGCACACGCGCUACGCUAUGAUUAAGGGUAUUUGCAAUGGUUUAAAGUACCUUCACGAGGGGGUGAAGCCUCCUAUUUUUCAUUUGGAUCUAAAACCAGCCAACAUAUUGCUGGAUCAGAACAUGAUCCCGAAAAUCGCAGAUUUUGGAUUGUCGAGAUUCUUCAAUGAAGAAAAAUCUUAUAGCACUAAUGAUCUUAUAGGAACACUUGGGUACUUGCCACCGGAGUGUAUACCUCAUGGAAUAAUCUCAAAUAAAUUUGACAUAUUCAGCCUGGGUGUUGUGGUUAUAAAGAUAAUUGCAGGACCUGAAGGCUACUCCAGAAGUGCUGAAACGACCUCCGAUCAAUUCACUGAGACUGUGCAUGAUAAUUGGAGGGAUAGGCUACAAUUAACGGCGUCAGGGGAUUUGUUGGAAUCGUAUUCUGAGCAAGUAAAGACAUGUAUCGAAAUUGCUCUAAGCUGUUUGAAGGCCGAUCGGCAGGAAAGGCCAACUAUAGGGGAUAUUGUUAAUAAGCUUACUGGGACAGAGACACCAGAAAACUAUCAUGAGGCAUUAAUUGACGAGGUACGAUCAACAAUUGCUCUAAGCUGUUUGGAGGACGAUCGGCAGAAAAGGCCAACUAGAGGGGAUAUUGUUAAUAAGCUUACUGGGACAGGGACACUAGAAAACUAUGAUGAAGCCAAGUGGCAGAAAAGGCUAUUAAUUGAUAAUAAGUUUACUGGGAGAGAGACAAUAAAAAACUAUCUUGAGGCAUUAAUUGAUGAGAUGAGCACUAACUUGAUAGAUGUCCAUCCCCUCCAGCUCCACUUCUCUUUCCGGCCAAACAAGUGUAUCUCCUGCGUAUUUCACGUAACUAACAACAUGAAUGAUCAGCAUCUGUCUGUGAGGUGUGUGCCGAAACACGAGGAGGCAACACCUCGCUACUACGCCUGUCGGAGCCGCAUCGCCUGUGUUGUGCCACCAAGGUCCACGCACACCUUCGUUGUAACGAUGGUACAACAAGAGCAGCCGCCGGCCAUCAUGGACGUGCUUGACAUGGUCGUAGAGACUAUCCUGGGGGAAGUAAAGCUGCGUUCGUUGUCUGAUUCGUUUGACAAGCAUUUUGAGGAUGCUAGAGAAGAAAAGAGCUGUGGUUUUCGUGAGGUGACCCUAAAGGCUGUCUGUGCAACAACGAGCAAGACCACGACAUCUGAGGUCUUGAUGGGUGAUGAUCGACUAUGGUCAAUGGAUGUGCACCCCACAGAGCCUUGGAUUUUGGCAGGCUAUGCGAGACGACUUGUGAUUUGGAACUACAAAACCCAGACAAGAAUGAUGGAGUGUGGAUUCUUUCCUGGGCGGGCAGAUGCCUCCUACAGUGUGGUUGUUAACACCGUUAGGUUUAUAGCAAAGUCGAAGGAGCAAUUGUUCGUGGUGGGUGAUGACUAUGGGUACAUCUACGUGCAUGACUCUAUGACAAUGAAGGAACUCAAGAAAUUCAAAGCUCACGGCAGUAGUGUCACAUCAUUCGCCGUUCAUCCGACUCAACCAUUUGUGCUGUCGGCAUCUUGGGACAAACUGAUCAAGCUCUGGGACUAUGACAAGGGGUGGGAGUGCAUCCAGACAUUCACUGGGCACUCGCACUGGGUGUGGCAAGUCAAGUUUAAUCCGCAUGACGCCGCCAACACUUUUGCCAGUGCUUCAGGUGACGGCACGGUCAAGAUCUGGAGUAUCUCUUCUCCCAUGCAUGUCACCAGCCUCGACUGCGAAGGUGGACAGGGAUGUGUUGAUUACUAUCCCACGGCCGCGGGUGGUGAUCAGCAGCACUACAUGGUUGCAGGAUCAAUCUAUUCCGGGAAGACAUCGAUCUGGGAUUUGCGAACACAGACAUGUAUCCGUGAAAUCAAGGGGCUCCAAUCAUUAUGCGAAGUUGGUGUGAUCGAUUGCCACCCGGAUCGUCCAACAUUGUUGCUUACCGCAUCAGAGGACUAUGGUGUUUCUCUCGUCGACUCCACAACCUACAGGUGUGAGAAAACGAUCCAUUUCGGUCUCGACGAGGUUAGAUGUUUUGCAUACAUCAAGAGCAUAAGAAGCCUCGCCAUUGCACAUCACUUCGGCAUUGCAAUCGUGGGUAUCGAUGAAUUUUCCAAGGACGGACUGCCUCCUGCAAGGUAAUUGAGGAAUGGAGCAAAAUAAAGCAUGAACGACGGAGCAUGAAUUGCGUGUUUCAGUUAUGCCAAUGCAAAGUUGGUGCGGAGAUUGUUCUUAGUGGGGUUAUUCAGUUAGGUGAUAAGCAUUUUUUAUUUGUAGUACAGAAGUACAUAAUUUUGCUGUGUGCACUGGAGUAUCUUCCGAUCUGUGAAACGUGGGUUCCCACAAAAUUUACAUUUCUUAUGAGUUGAUCAUUUUAAAUUUGCUAUGAACUUUGCGCA